AUGUGUGGAUCGAUGUUGAGAAAAUCGAAGGAUCUACAGUUGCAAAGCAUGGCAUCUGCCGUGGAGAACUGCGCAGUGUUCGUAAUGGCUGUAUCGCGGAAGUAUUUUGAGAGCCCGAAUUGUCGUUCUGGUAAGUCUCGAUAAAAAUUUACUUUUCUGUUGCCCUACAAAUCUAAUGAAUAUGCCGAGGUCCUUUUUAAAGUUGACAAUAUGGAUCUAAAAUGACAAUGGAAUUAUGAUAGACUACUCAGGACACUCUCUUGAAGUUACACGUGUACAGUGCUAAAGAGAAGGUAAAACCAAAAUGGACGUCAUGAAUGUUUACCCUACUGUUUCCGGUUUUCUCAGGCAGUAAUAUACCAUAUAUAUGCGUGUACCAGGCUAACAAUGGCUCAAGAAUUCCCUCUCAUCUCCCACUUACAAGGAAUAAUGUUGGUUGAUGAUUAUGUCAUUAAAACACCUUUAUAUUUAAACAUUGCCUGUACUGACAUCCUCUUCCUAAACUUAAUUCCGACAACGACAUGUGCAGUAAGAGUUCUGAAAUUGCGACUUAAAGAUGUUGGAAAUUCUGACGUGGGACUUAAAAGGACCCUUUCCGCUUAAUUGGGCCUUUAAACUGUAUCAAGUAGUUUACCGUUCAUUGAAUGUAAGAUUUACCUCAGAGAAAAACAAGUAAUUAGGUGAGUGAUUAGGUACUGUUCAUUUUAUGAUAGACCGUAUUCGAUAGUGUCUUAAAAACGAAACCAAGGUAAUCAAAACAUAGAGAAAUAUGUCAAAGAUUCAGCCCAAUGGAAACUCAAAGAAGAAACAGGAAAAUGAGAUCAGCGCGGGAAAACGCAUUUCAAUUCAGUUCCUACGCCAGCAGCUGUUGAUGAACCAAGUUUCUGAACAUCUCUUCCUUAAUUUGACUGUUUCCUUUGGUUUGUGAAUGCACUAACAUGAUAAAAAUUCAUCUUAAUCCCUCAGAAGCAGAAUAUGCGUAUCAGUUACGAAAGCAAAUCAUCCCAUUGAUGAUGGAACGUCGGUUUCAACCCAGAGGCUGGCUUGGCAUAAUAAUGGGCACCAAGCUGUGGAUGGACUUUAGGGAGGAUGGAAAUCUUGAAGCAGGAACUAGCCAACUGAUAAAAGAACUUGGCCAGACAGUGAAAUCCCAAGGUAGGUGUGGCGGCGUGCGUCCUUAAGUUUUUUUAGAAGGAGGCCAUAUUAAGUUUUUGUGUCUCAACGAAGGAUAUGAGUGAAAACUGUUUGCAGUUAAACGAGGACAUUUGCUACUAUUGACGACUCAAGUUCGCUUUUCCUCCCUUAUAACUGCACUUUUCCUUCCUAUAACUGCACUUUUCCUCCCUUAUAACUGCACUUUUCCUUCCCUACAACUGCACUUUUCCUCCCCUAUAACUGCACUUUUCCUCCCCUAUAACUGCACUUUUCCUUCCCUAUAACUUCACUUCUCCUCCCUUAUAACUGCACUUUUCCUCCCUUAUAACUGCACUUUUUCUUCCCUAUAACUUCACUUCUCCUCCCUUAUAACUGCACUUUUCCUUCCCUAUAACUGCACUUCUCCUCCCUUAUAACUGCACUUUUCCUCCCCUAUAACUGCACUAAGAAGACUUUCGUGCAAUCUCAGCUACUUAACACGUCAAUUGUUUUUUUUUAUCGUGGUCAGCCUUCCAUUUAGCUUUAUAUUUAUUGAUUCUUAAGUUCGCAAAAAAUCGCUAUUAAGAUUCGAACUAAUCCUUAACACGGAAAAGGAGUAGAUUUAAACUUUUCCGUUUAUUAACAGGGAGUGGAAAAGAGAAAUCAAAGGAGGGCGAUCUCAAGAAGACACUUUUGUCUUACAAGAAGAACCACAGAAAUGUUUAUGUGUAUCUCUCUGAAAGCGAGAAAUUUAUAAGAGGCCUGCGCUCUCAUCUGGCAUCUGGUCAGUUGGCUUCAACUGAAGCGUUUUGGAAAGUAGACUGCUUCGUUGGACUCUAUGUGAAGAUACCUGACCCAGCAAGUAGGCACUUGGUGGUAGAUCUACCAGAGUUUUUGACUGAGAUAGUAAGAAUUCUUCGGAGGCAUUUAUAUCCUGAAGAGCGUUUGGCAGCUAGGGAAGAACGGGUUUUGUCUGCGGAGAAAGAUGUGAAGGUAACGAGAAAGAAAAAGGCAAGCUCAAUGAAGGCGAGAUUUAGAGAUGAGGUUCCAUCUGAGGUAUGAGAUGUAAACUGGCUCUGUGAAUGAGCUUUCUACUGGUGAGGAAUGCACGUGUUGUUGAGAAGCGAGGGUGUAAGACAAAUGUGAGAUUGAAUAUUAUGUUUAAGGUGAAAUACAAUCUGAAAAUCGGGUAAAAACUCCUGCCCACCCUAUCAAGAGACUAUUUUUAGCGAAAAAGUAAAUUGUUCAGUUUCAAACGAAGGAAAUGUCCCCAUGCAAUCUCUUAAUAAACUAGUGCGAAUGGCAACCUCAAAGGAGCUAAAUCCUUUUGGGUACCAGCAAUAGAAUUAAACUUAUGUGAAAAGUGAGCAGAGUGGGUGGUAUUUAUUAUUUUGGACAAUUUCUUUCCCUACAUCCAUCAAGGCGGUUGUUGGAAAAUUUAAGAGAUGGUGAGUUAUAGCAAGGUGCAUCUUUAUGCGUAUCUCGUAUGGUUAACUUUUGAGUUUGUAAGUUCGUGAAACCCUGUCGUUUUUAAACAAUAUUAACAGACAUACAUGACGGAGUCUUCUCUGUGUUUUCCACAGGAAAAUUCAGAAGCUAAAUGGGCCAUCGAAGUAAUGCUAUCGGUGUCAGUUGCCAUUCUGAGCUUUACUGAUUUCCACGAUGCCUUUUGCGAGGCGUGUGGAAAUGCAGGGCUGAUCAGGGAAUAUUUGGAGUUGUUAGAACAACUGAAGAUGUGUACGCCAGAGUUUGAAGAUCAAACGGUGGGAGUUUUACUUACUUCUCCCUAUAACUCUAACUCUUUCACUCCGAGGAUCUCAUUGUUAAUUCUCCUUACUGUCUGCCAUACAAUUUUUAUGUUGUGAGAUUGGAGAAUUUGUUUUUGGAUUAGCUAAUAAUCCCCUAAUUGAUAUUUUUCGUCAUUAUCAUGACUAUUUUGCUUGCCUUGUAUCGAUGUUGUAAGGAGAAAUUUUGUGUAGGUUACUUAGGGGAGUUAAAGGGUUAAGUUGUUGUCGUGUUUAGUUUUUUUUAUGGCUUUCAGGUUAUCUUAUCAGACUAGUUUUGUUUCUCUUUGUCUCUGAUCAUGGUUAUAUAUAUAUGGGACAGAGGGAAGUCAAAAUAAAACUACAGUCGAACCUGUAUUAAGUGGCACCGUAUUAGGCGGUCACCCUGUAUUAGGCUGUCACCCUGUAUUAGGCGGUCGAUUGUUUGAGUCUCGAAAAGUUCCCCCUCUUUCCAGCGUUCGCUUCUAUUCAGUGUUCGCCUCUUUUCAGCGGUCGCCUCUAUUCAGCGGUCACCUCUAUUCAGCGGUCGUUGUCAUCCUUGACUGAGUCCCAACAGCCUGUUUGUAUUGUCUCCUACCUGUAUUGAAUGAUCACUUAAAGUGGAACCACUCAAAUAAAACUAAAAAUUAUUCUCUCAAGUCAAAUUUAUUCCAUGUUUAUCUCACAAAAUCAGUGUUAGUCUUAGAGUUCAAAUGUGUUCAACGCAUUGCAGAUUAUCUUUGGUCGUUGCACUGUUAGGAAGAAAUGGUAUUUUUGAUUGUGUUUGGUUCUUAUUCAUUGGAACUUGUAUUUAGCGGUCACUCCGCCAUUCCCCGUGUGUGACCGCUUAAUACAGGCUCAACUGCACAUUGUGGUUUAAAAUAUUUUUAGUAGAGAAAAAUUUGAAUCACAACAUAUAUGAUGCAGAUAAUAAACCGGUUGGAGGCACCUUUGUACAAUACUUCGACUGUUUGUAAGCGUGGUUGUCUACAGCUGUCAUGUAAACUGCUUGCUACAAAUAGCUGAAAUCAGCUUGAAAAAAGCCCUUCCAAAUCCCUUCUCCUUCGUUCCGCGUUUUUAUUUUAAAUAUUUUGUUUUCCUCUUCUUUCUUUUCGUUUGCCCUCCUUUCCUCACCUUUCUUAGCCUAUCCUAACUAUUUCCUUCCCACGUAUUUCGUGAGAAGAAUCCCGUUGUUGAUCUAAACGUAAUGAGAUUUGAUGAUUCUUAGACUCCUCUAACCCAUGCUGAAUACAAAGACACCAACUUCUCAAGAAAAGGAAGCUUGAUAUUUGAAGUUCUGGGAGUGCUUCACAAUCUUUCCAAACGAGCCAGCCUCAAGAAACAUUUUGAUAAUGGUAAUGCCGUGGAGACGCUGUUAAGCUUUUUCAGAACAAAGUUCCCUGUUUACAGAAUGACUUCUCUUCUAACGCUGGCUUACUUGGUUGACGAGAAAAACAACCACUUAAUAAUGGCUAGUGAAGGUAAGUUGUAGGGUAAAACAUGUUGAAAUUGAUUAGAAAAUAGUUCAACAUGGCCAAAGUUUAUCGUUGGAAGCCUUAUUGUGCGCAUUACUAUGCAGAUUUCCAUAAACUUCCUUCUUUUACCUUUGGUCACUUUCCGUAUGCUGUUUAUCCUAAACCUCAAGGCAGCUUUAUUUGCAGGAUUAGGUUUAGCCUUAGGAUUACUGUAAAUCUGAGAUUAUUUUAAGUUUUCAGGUUAUUUCAGGUUCAGCGUUCGUUUGAACAUUACUCAUGAGGACUAUUCACUCACGCGUUGUUCAACUUAAAACAUCAAACAGCAGCGUUUUUGGCUCUUAUGGCUACAACUAUGUAGAGCCAUUGCAGAACGGGAAGUGUGAGCUUAAUUCUUCAUUUCUUUUACAGUCAUCAACUGACGUUAACAGAUCAUAAACCACUCAUUUCAGAACCCAUCAAAGAUAUACUGAAGUUGCUGGACAAAGCGAGUCACUCCGCUAACCGACGCAGUCUAGGAUUCUCGGCGGCAGAAAUAGCUUAUGGACUGAUGCACGUGGCUACCAAUGAUGGAAACAAGAGGAUGGUAAGACAUUACUUCUCAACAUUGACCAACAACCGGAAGCAACUACAACAAGAUCAUUUAUGCUGAUUGUUAAACACAAAUCGAUGAUCGGUAGCAUCUACCAAUCGAUAAUCGAGGUAAUGUUUGCAGGAAUGUCCAAUACUAAUCGAUUAAAUGAGAUCUGGAUGAACCCAUACACCUACUCAUACGAACUUCAGAAACAACUUAUUAUGACGGAUGCAAUAGCCUCGUUAAAGAAAGAUAGAAGAGUUAUCAAUUUCUAAAUGUUUAGCAAGAGCAUUUUAAGCGAUCUUAUUUCAUAGACUUUGGAUCUUUUGGUUUUUUUUUUUUCACUAUUUCUGUUGAACUCAUCUGAAGUCUUUAUUAGUAAAAGUUUUACUUAAAUUUCUCGUCUAACUUACUUUGGUAUUAUUAUGUGUCUUGAUUUUUCUAGAUCGGCCUGCACGGAGGUAUUCCCAUGCUGGUCUCCAUGUUGAAAGGUUCCAAGGAACACGAGGACGAGAAAGUGGCAGCAGCCAAAGCGCUGUACAUGUUAUCGUUCGACGAGACCAACAAGGAAGUAAUUAGAUGUGACAGCGACACUAUGUCAUCGCUGCAAAGUCUGCAGAAUUCAGAUAACAAGGAAAUACUGCAAGCGGUGUCUGGUAUAAUGUGGGAAGUACACGGCAAGAUAGGACACUCUGAAAACUCAGGUACAUGUUCAGUCUCUUCCAGGCCAUGGCCAUGGCCAUGGAAAUGUGACUAAUAUGGCUUGGGGAUCAAAUUGAAUUUGAAAAGUCCGAACAGACCAAGGUUCUUUACCAUGACAACUUUCUUCGUAGUAUAACUGCGUAACGAUAAAAUCGAAGACUGUUCUGUCUUGUUCAUUUAGUCUCUAACCCUAACUUCUGUCCUAUAGCCCACGAGGUAAACAACAUACUAUCGAUUCGCGGUAAGAAAAGAGAUGACUGGAAAUUAACCACACUAUUUUAGCCUUUUGCCAUGAACUUAAUAUUAUGCUCCCUCACCGCCUUGUUCUAAACCUAGCGGACUUCGCUUCUUUUCGCCAAAAAACAUGAGGAUUCGGUUCAGCAAAAUUGAAAGCAAAAGGCAUUUCUUAACUUCUUAAAAGUCAUCGUCUCAUCGACCUUGAAGGGGGAGGGGGGGGGGUGGUGAGAGGGUGGAUUUUGACAACCUAUGAUAAUAUGAGGACUGACGUUGUGGUUUUUUUCGGCAGAUUCUGAAGAGCAUGUCAUGAUAAGCUACCAGUGGGAUACACAGCAAACUAUGCUUCGUGUGAAACAUGAGCUCGAAACUCGAGGAUUCUCUGUAUGGAUGGACGUGGAGCAGAUGGAAGGAUCCAUUUUGGAAACAAUGGCUCGAGCUGUGGAGAAAUCGUCUGUCUUAGUCUUGGCAAUGUCACGAAAGUACCAAAACAGUCCCAACUGUAGAUCAGGUAGCUACUUUACUUUAAUAGCUCCCCACAAUAGAGAGACAGUUUAAAGAGAUGCUGAUCUAAAUGUAAAGGAACUUUCUCUUUUAUUAUGUGGGAGAUUUGGCAGUGGAUGGCAUAUCCCAUAGAGAGAAGUAGAAACUUGCGUCUUGGAGAUCUGGAAUUUCCUCAAGUCCCCCGAUUGAGGAGUGUUUAACGUUACAGAACAUUGUUACAACGACGUGUGAAUUUCACAUACAUGUACCCUAUCCAAGUCUCCACGUAGUACUGAUUGUCUCGAUGUUGAGCUUCUUUGUUAAUGUCUAGAGGCUGAAUACGCUUACCAGAGAAGAAAGCGCAUAAUUCCACUGAUGAUGGAAUCUGGAUAUAACCCUGACGGCUGGCUGGGGAUUAUUCUGGGCGCUAAGCUAUGGAUGGACUUCAGGAAGGAGCCGAACGUUGGAAUUCAGCAGCUUAUGAAAGAAAUUUCUAAAGGAAAAACUGGUAUGAACCCAGCAUCUCGACUUUUUUGUGAUUGAUUUCUAUUUCCAUGUUAUAAUUCUUGAAAUAGUGAUUUCUUUUUAAUUUAAAUAUUCUUGCAGCUGCCUCCCAAAGCGAAUUAUUAGGAAGCGCUCCUAUAAAGGCAAGCGAAAACGAGAAGGUUUUACAAUGGAAGAAAGAAGAUGUCGCCAAAUGGUUACAGGGUAUUGGAUUUCCAAUGUAAGUUGUAGUUUCUCUAAUGGUGAAAUUUAAAAGCAUCCUUGAAUAGCCGUCUGCUCAUAAUCGACCACAGCAGUAACAAGGUAAACUGUCUUGUGUUAUUAUAAAUGGUAAAAAUCUUGGAGGAGCUUAUGCAGCUCUCGUUUAUUUACAGAGAUGACAACAGUGUCAGAGGAAAGCUAGACGGUCCCUUGUUGCACAUGCUCAAUGAAUUGCGAAAAGAGGUUGGUAUAAGUUCUUCAGCUAAGUGUAUGUAUUAUGACGAUCCAUUACAUAUUUGCACUUCGCGCGCGAUAUGUUUAAUUUGUCACGUGACCUAACAUGGCUCAGCUUAAAGUGGGGAAUACCCAGUGACAUUCUUUAAGUGAUAUUUCCAAUUUUUGUCCCUUGCAUUCAGUGAGAUAUAAUUCUUUCUUCAAAAAAAUUUUUCAAGUUGGGAGAGCGUUUUGCUGUAAUUACAAGGUAUUGACCAACUUCUUUGCUACUUAAGCUUAAGUCGCACUAACUUCGAUGAACAUCCGUUUGCGACUGUUUGAAAGCGUUUUGUUUCGCACGCUGUAAAAUAUAUUUUAGGGGGAAUAACACAGUGACUUCCACUUGUAACAAACUUUUGCUCGUUUGUUUGUCUUUGAACAGGUAAUAUUUUGCAUAUUAAGUGGAGGGUCACUCUCUAUAUACUUUUCCUAUCGUGACGACAAGAGUUGUAAUAUUUUCGAGGUUUGAAUGUCUUUCUUGCUGCUGUGUAGGUAACUUGUGCUAUUUUGGUUUUGCAGAGCCCUGAAUUCUUUUACAGCUCCGUUAAAACAGACCUAUGUCUCCCGACCAUAAUCGAAGUUCUUCAGUUCACCAAAGAGUUAAAAGAACUAUUUGGGUAAUUCAAUGCAGUAAGCCUCAGCGUGACCUUCUGAUGCAGGAUAGUAUGGUCUACAUGUAUGAACUAAUUUGACGUGAGUGAGUCAUCUCACUUCGUCUAACCGGGGCACAAGCUGCGUGCGUCAGACGCCACCCACCUUUCUACGCGCCGUGGAUCAACACGGAGCUGUAAAGGUAGCGACACCGGGGGAUAGCAACAAUCUCCCCUGCAGCAGGGUGAUCAUCGUGGCUACCCAGCCCCAGCCUACCUUUGGGCGCCUGUCACACACUACAGACAAACUAGUGUGUGGAAUGAGUACUUAUCCAAACGUGGGGGGAAGAGAGGAGAACAAUGCAAGCAGAUAGCGUGUCGCAAUGCCCUCGAAAACCUUCCUGAAGUCCUCAUAUCAUAAUGGCGAGAGCGCUGCAUUGACUUGGUUUUAACCUUGCCCAAAUUGAUAUAGCCUCAUUAAAAUUUCAAACGAAGCUGGCCACCCUCUCCUGUAUUUUAAAGGCUUCGCAUCUCAUCUGGUAUAGCUAACGGUGUUACAGAUAUUUAACGGUUUCGGAUCUCAACAAAGCUUUGUUAUAUCUACUUUGCUUACUCUUACGGUAUGAGACGAUCAUUUCCUUCCAAACUGUAAGUGUUUUUCCUCUUGGAAGGGAAGUGCAGUCAAGUCGUCUUUUUCGAACAUGUACCCCAGGGUAACGAAACCGACGUGAUCCAGAAUAAUGUUGCAAAGGAGAAUCGUUACCCUUGGCACAACCGUUUGAUUCUACCGUCUUUGCUCAUUUCGUUAUACAUCUGUUUACACUUUGAGUGCUAUCGUGAUCGGCACCAAGUUAAAUUAUACUUUUUCUUACAUUAACAAGGGGAAGUGAAGGCGGUGCUGACAAUACCAUUUUAAAUGUACAGUUGAGUGUGGCUUUAUAAUUUAUUAAGGAUGACUGCUAGAUCAUGUUUACAAGUAUACAGUAGGAUUUAUGGGAUUAUCCCUUGAUGUUAAAGCUAUUGGACUUCUGUUGUUCAAAAAAUUUGAACGGAUACACACGCAGGAUGCACGCAAGAUGAUCCAGAAAAAGAAAUUACAGAAACGAAGAAAAAACCCAAGCAAAGAAAGGAAACAAGAAACAAAACAUAACAAAGCUAAAAAGAACAGGGAAAGUAAGGUGAUGGAAGUGUCUCUCCAGAUUUGAAAAAUAGGGUGGC